AUGGAUAAUAAGGAAUCUCAUGCUCUUAAUUCUACCAGGGUAGAACAUCCUAACAUAAAGGAAACAAAUAUAGGUGAUGAUUCUUCUCCGAAAGAAUCCACAAAUGAAUCAAAGCAACCUCAAUUAUCAGCAAAUGAAAGUCAAGCGCAAGACUCAACAUCUCGAAAACAUGAUAGGAUAAUUCAGGAUGCUAAUUCAGCAGAGACCAAACCAAAUGAAAUUAAUUUCAAGAAAAAAUUCAUACCAUAUUUCCAAAGAAAUAAACCUGACUGGAUAAAAUACGAAGAAAAUCAAAGUAUGGAUCACUUGAAGUUCGAAAUGUUUGAGGUUGAAAAUAGGAAUUCUAGAAAUUCGGAAAUUUCAUUAUCGAAUUUUGAAAUUGUUCAAGCACAGCACUCUCGUCAAUUAUUACAAUCAGAAAAGGAGAGAAUCAAGACAUAUAAAAUUCAUCUUGAAGAAAAUUAUAUUCCCACAUUUUGGCCACCUAGAAUUUGGGAUCGGGAUUACAUACGUUUGUCCUGUGAAGAAAGUAAUAGAUUGUCGAAUAGUAUAGAAAUUUCGCGACGACCUCCACUAAAACCAUUAUAUUUUCCACACCCAAAUCAAUUGCCCAUUUGGUCAACAAAAUCGGAUAGAAGUACACAUAAUGGUGAAAUAGAUAAAAGACGCGAAGAGAAUAAUUAUUCAAAAACUGAUAAAAUUGUCACAGAAAUUGCCAAGAAAAAUAAAUUAAAUAAGGAAAAGGAUAUGCCCAGUUCAAAAACUGUUGUCAGGGCCGAUAACGCUCAUCAAAAUUCAAUGAUUUCUUCUCCAAGUCUUGGAAUAUCUGCUUUAAACGCGGAUACGAGCGAAGAAAUUGCAGAUGUAGAGGAUAUUUAA